AUGGGCUUCGUGGAGCUUCAAUCCAAAGAUCAUCGCGAUCUGUUGGACAUCAUUGACAACCUUCGCUCUAUUGGCAUCAGCAGCUAUGUCGAUCUUCCGGAAAUCAUCGUGUGCGGAGACCAAUCCGCAGGCAAAAGUUCUGUUCUCGAAGCCAUCUCUGGUAUGUCAUUUCCAACGAAAGAUAACCUUUGUACCCGAUUUGCGACAGAACUGGUUCUGCGCCGACAGGAUACAGUUGCCGUCAAGGUGUCCAUCAAUCCCGGCCCGGAUCGAUCUGCCGACGAAAAAGACCGAUUGAGCAGCUUUGCUGCAGAAAUGGACCUCGACUCACCCGACAUUGGAAGCGUUGUUGAAACGGCCAAAGAUGCAAUGGGUUUGUCUGAUACAAAGGUAUUUAGCACCGACAUCUUGCGUGUCGAGCUUUGCGGACCAACACAACCACACCUCACCAUGGUUGAUCUGCCUGGCCUAUUUCGGGCUGGAAAUCGGGACCAGUCAGUGAAAGAUGCCAAAAUUGUCAGCAAGAUGGUUCGGGGCUAUGUGAAAAGGCCGCGAAGUAUAAUUCUAGCCGUUGUCUCAGCGAAGAGCGAUUUUGCAUUGCAAGAAAUCACGGAACUAGCUCGUGAACUCGACCCUGACGGAAUCCGCACGCUUGGCCUGAUAACUAAGCCAGAUGCUCUCGAUGCGGGUUCCGAUAGCGAGGCAGCGUAUGUACGGCUCGCGAAAAACAAGGACGUGGCUUUCCGUCUUGGCUGGCAUGUCCUCAAGAACAGGGAUUACAAAAUGCGCGAUGCAUCAUCAUCAGAGCGAGAUGAGGCUGAGGCGAAAUUCUUUUCUCAGGGAGUUUGGGCAACUCUGGAUCCUAAUCAUCUUGGUGUUGAGUCGCUGAAACCCAGGCUAAGCAACGUUCUCAAAGAUCAAAUCUUGCACCAGCUUCCAAGCCUUCUUGAAGAUGUUGAUUAUGAAGUUGAAGCUUGCAGGGCAAGAUUAGAACGACUGGGAACUCCGCGCAGCUCGCUGUUGGAGCAACGCAGAUACCUUAUGCAAGUCAGCCGAGAGUUCACCACCCUUAUGAAAGCCGCUGUGGAUGGUGAAUACGGCAACAGGUUCUUCGGCAGCGCCAAGUCUGAAGAUGGGUACAAGAAACGCCUAAGAGCUCGCAUCCAAAACUCUCUCUCUGAUUUUGAGAGAGAUAUGAGACUGAAUGGACAAAGCCAGCGUAUCGUUGAUGACUCCAACGGCGAAAGAGUUGCCCUCUCUGGAAACAGUACUGUGCGGCGAUCGGAAUACCUCGGCGAGGUCAUCGAUCUCAUGAAACGGAGUAGAGCUCGCGAACUUCCCGGGACGUUUAAUCCUCUGAUCGUCAGCGAGCUUUUCGCCGCACAAUGCCAGCCUUGGCAGACUAUCGCAAAGGAUGCGGAAGAAGAAAUCUUGGGGAUAGUUUAUGAGGUUGCCCAGUCUGUCGUUGACUAUGUGGCCGUCGAUGAAACCACCAGGGGAAUAUUCUAUCUCAUCAGCAAGGGCAUUGACGCACUGAAGAGCGAUCUCGGCGUCAAGUGCAAAGAGCUUCUGAAACCACAUAUGGAGGGUCAUCCCAUCACCUACAACCACUACUUGACCGACACGGUGCAGAAAAGGCAGUCUGAAAGAAGACGCCACACCUUGGAGAAGCAGUUCAAGGAACUUGUGGGGCCCCAUAACUUCGAGAACGAAAUACAGAUAGGUAUCUUUCCGUCGAGUUUCUUCCAAUCGCUUGAGAGCCACACCGAGGUUGAUAUGGAACGAUUUGCUGGCGAGUUGGCAAUCGACUACACACUUGCGUAUUACCAGGUGGCUCUCAAGAAAUUCAUCGAUGACGUCGCAGUACUUGCAGUCGAGCAAUGUCUCGUAUUACAUCUUCCCGAUUUAUUCCAUUCCGAAGUAAUUUUGGAUCUGAAAGACGAAGAGGUAUCUCAGUUAGUGGGAGAAAGUGAAGCAACUUCCACGGAGCGAGCCAGGUGCCGGGAAAAGCUCGUCGUUCUGGAGGCUGGUAAAAGUGAACUUAGGCGCCUGGACACUCAUCGGUCUCUGAACAUUGUUUCUCAAUCGGCACAAUCGGACACCCGAAGUGACAGUUACGAAGCUAGCUCUAGACCAUCGAGUGAGGAACGUCUGUCCCCCGCCAGAUCUUCUCGUUCAUCCAUUCGUGUCUUUGAGCCUGAGUUAGAUGCUCCGUCUCCCGCUGCUGCUAAGGUGACGUCCCCGGACGCAGACACGACGCCAGCCGCCAAGGAUGAGGAUGUUCAUUGUUUCAAUGUCCCUGAGGAAGUGUUCUCAGGCUUCAACGCCUUGUCAGCUGAGAAGGAUGAAAAUGACGCCUGGGGAUCCCGGGGCACGAAGAGCAAGAAGAAAAAGAGGGAGGCCAGGGCGUCAAUAUGGAACUGGAAUGUCUAG